AUGGGUGAAAACAGACACCAGCUCCAAGGUUUUGAUGUCUCCCUCAAUGUGCCUGGUUCGAAAUGUUUGGACGACGAUGGCAGGCUCAAAAGAACUGGAACUGUAUGGACCACAAGUGCUCACAUAAUAACUGCGGUGAUUGGUUCUGGAGUCCUGUCCUUGGCUUGGGCUACUGCACAGCUUGGAUGGAUAGCUGGUCCAAAUUCCGGGAAAAGAAACUAUACUUACAUGGAUGCUGUCCGAGCCAAUCUUGGUGGAUUCCAAGUGAAAAUUUGUGGAGCAAUUCAGUACACGAUUCUUCUUGGAACUGCUAUUGGUUACACUAUUGUAUCAUCUAAAAGCAUGGAGGCGAUCGAGAGGUCGAAUUGCUUCCAUUCGAAAGGGCAUAAAACAGCUAUGUCCUUCACUUACUCGAGCAUUGGUCUAGGACUUGGAAUUGCCAAAGUUGCUGAAAACGGGAAAAUUCGUGGAAGUCUUACUGGAGUACAUUUGACUCCAAUGAAGAAAAUAUGGUCAAGUUUUGAAGCAUUUGGGAACAUUGCUUUUGCUUAUUCUUUCUCCCUUGUUCUUAUUGAAAUUCAGGAUACAAUAAAGUCUCCACCAUCAGAGUACAAAACAAUGAAAAAGGCUACACUAUUUAGUGGGACUAAAGGAUUGACGGUGCUUGUAGGGUACGGAGAUGUCUUGGAGCUUGACUGCAUUUUCCUUAUCACAUCUUAA